AAUUAUAUAUCAUUAACGGAAGAAACACCGUGCGUUUAAAUGAAACGAACCUUCUUCUCUUUUCCUUUUUUUUUGUUGUUCUUCCUUAAUAUAGUUCUCGUUCUUUCUUCUCUUAUUUUUUUUUUGUGCUGCUGCUGCUGUUUUUCUUCUGCUGUUGCUCUCAACAAUCUCGUUCUCUUUCUCCGUGAAAUUCGCUAAUAUCAACAGCAUACAUAUAUAACAAUCGGACGGAAGAAUGCGGGGAAAUCGCUCAGAAGAUGUUAAACGCCGACCGAACAUACGAGACGGGCGUUUGCACGAAUGCGACGGCGCCAUCUGUGAGCAGCAUCAACAGGAUUUUGAGGAAUAGGGCGGCAGAGAGGGCGGCGGCGGAAUUCGCUCGUGCCGCCGGCUACGGCCUCUACCAUCCUCAUCCAUACGCCGCGGCGGCUGCAGCCUUUCCAUGGCAUUCUCCGCUCUGGCCGAACGGUCCUCUGGGUCUUCAGCCACCGGGCGCCGGAAGCGGGAGUGGCGGAGGCGGCGGAUCCGUCAUGGCCGGAUCUCCCGGAUCCUCGGCAUCUCCUCACCAGGAUCACGGCCUGCUCAGCUCCCCACCCGGUCACAACGAUAGCAAGGACGAUUCCAGUCUGGACGGUUCGGAGCAGCCGAAGUUCCGCAGAAAUCGUACCACAUUCAGUCCCGAUCAGCUGGAGGAGCUCGAAAAGGAGUUCGAAAAAAGUCAUUAUCCUUGCGUUUCGACGCGCGAACGUCUCGCCUCGAAGACGUCGCUCUCGGAAGCACGAGUUCAGGUUUGGUUUUCCAACAGACGGGCGAAAUGGAGACGGCACCAGCGCAUGAACCUGCUGAAGAGGUCGUCGCCUGGGCCGCAGGGGAUGGGCGGAGGCGGCGGCGCCUCCUCCUCGAUCUAUGGGGCGGGUCGGUUGACGCCGCCGUCGCCGCCGCCUCACUACAAUCCCGGUUCCACCCCUGGCUCGCCGCUCAUGGGGGGCCACCAUCAUCGAGGUGGCGGUCAUCCGCAGUCUCAAUCGUCUCAGCUUCAGGCGCCGCCUCCGCAACCCAUGCUCCUGCAGAUGGGCGGCGAGAAUAGCGCGUUCAAAGCGUUCGGCCCUGCGGCCACCGCACUAGCGCUCGCCGGUUACGUCACCGAUUCGGACGAGGAGAUCAACGUCAAUGACGAAUCGGACGUGGAGGAAUCAUCGUCAGCGGCCCACCUCAGGGCAGCAUCCAGGUCCUCGAGCCCCGUUGAAGUGGUCGACUCUCCCAGCCUGAAUGCAAACCCCUCCACCUGCCAGCCGCUUCAGCUCACGAUGCACGAUCGCGAUUGAGACGAACUUUCGAACAACACCCCAAAAACUCUGUGCGAAUGAAUCUCCCCCACAAUUAAGAAUCCAAUUACCAAAGCAGGAACUUAAAACUACUUAAGUUAUAUAUUACUUAUAAUUAUAAUUAAUUAACUAUUUAGUUAGGAUUAGCUGAGAUGAUCAAAAAUCCUUUUUCCCCCUCGUCCCCUAUUAUACAACUAUUACUUGUACAUAUACUUAUUUAUAUAAACGUUGUGAAACCGAAACCUGUAUAAAAAUCAUCCGUUACGUUGUCCCGUCUCAUCGUCAGUUGUAGCACGAUCUGUUAAACGACACCAAAACGAUUUGUCCCCGUACUUUUUGUUCGUUUGUUAAAUGAGCAUUUGUAAAAAUUUCCCUUCUUUUCUUGUUGUUGAUGUUAAUGAUGCGGCGAUGAUUUGUAAAUGACGCUUCGCUUCUGCAUUGGAAGGACGAAAGAAAUUGAAAACACUGAAAACGUUGCGGUCGUCGUCAUCUCUCGAUUCUGUUCUGUUCUGUAACGGGAAGCAAACUGUAAAUACCA